ACCCCCCUCCCUCUUUCUGGUUUUCUGUAGCUUUUCUUUUCUCCUCUGUCCCUCCUGUCUUUUCCCUCUGACUGAAUGGAGAAGCUGGGUUCUCCGGAACCCGCACACCCUGUGCAGGGUGAUGGGCCUGUUGCGGGAGUGUCUGUUGCCAAAAUGGAAGGAGCUUUGGGGGAUGAAGUGGUUACAGCAGCCAGCUCAAAACUCUUUCAGUGUGCAUGUGUAAAACGUUGGUUACCGCCGGCCUACAGGGAAGAACUUUAUCAUAUUUUACGACUUGCAGGCCCACUGCUGCUGUCUCGGAUUCUGAAUUUCUUCAUCCCAUUUGUUGUCACCAUUUACUGUGGUCACAUGGGUAAUGUAGAACUGGCUGGAUAUGCACUUGCUUCUGUGACAAUAAACGUGACCACAACUGCAACAGGCUAUGGCCUGGCUGUGGCUUGUGAUACACUCAUUUCUCAGACUUUUGGCGGUAAGAAUUUGAAGAGAGUCGGAGUAAUACUUCAAAGAAGUUCCCUCAUCCUGCUGUUCUUUUGUCUGCCCUGUUGGGCUCUUCUGAUUAACGCUGAAAACUUACUGCUCCUCAUGAAGCAAAAUGCAGAUGUGGCCAGAAUCGCACAGCUCUAUGUGAUGAUGUUUCUGCCAGCUGUUCCAGCCAUGUUCUUGCACCAUCUCCAAGUUUCUUAUCUACAAAACCAGGGAAUUAUUCUACCUCAGAUGUACACAGCGGGAGUCGCAAAUGUUUUCAACUUGGGAGCCAACUACCUUUUAAUCUCUGUCCUUAAAUUGGGUGUCGUAGGAUCAGCGAUUGCUAACAGCCUUUCUCAGAUCGUCAUCUGUCUGCUGUUGUUUGGUUAUAUCAGAUGGAGGAAGCUUCAUGAGAAGACAUGGGGAGGCUGGACCACCAACUGUCUGCAAGACUGGGGUUCCUACAUGAAGCUGGCAACCCCUAGUGCUCUGAUGAUCUGCCUUGAAUGGUGGGUGUGGGAGAUCGGAGGGUUUCUUGCAGGUGCACUUGGGGAGAAGGAUCUUGCUGCCCAGCAUGUGUUGGUGGAAAUAGGAAGUUUAUCAUACAUGUUUCCUUUAGGUAUCAGUGCAGCAGUGUGUGUGCGUGUUGGAAAUGCUUUAGGGGCUGGAAACAUCACCAGAGCCUUUGUUGCCUGCAAGUUGGCCCUAGUUUUGGCAGGAGUGCUUUCUGUGGUCCAGGGUGUUGUCAUUGCAUGCUGUAAGCCUGUUGCUGGUAGCAUAUUUACCUCUGAUAUUGACAUUUUGGAGAUUGUGUCAAAUAAUCUUACAGUCUACAUAUUUCUUCAGUUCUUUGACUCUAUCCUGUGUGUCUCCUCAGGGAUUCUCGUAGGAUCAGGUUUGCAGAAAAUUGCUGCCUUGACCAACUUGGUUUCGUACUACUGCAUUGGGCUGCCUGUUGGAGCUGCCCUAAUGUUUGGUGCCCACCUGAGGAUAUUAGGCUUGUGGCUGGGUAUUCUAACCUGUUCGUGUAUUCAGGCAGCUUUCUUUUUGGUUGUGAUCUUCAAAAUUGACUGGAAUAAAAUCACACUCAAGGCACAGCUGCGAGCUGGAAAAACUGUCGUUUUGACAACAAUGUGUCCUGCCAGUACAGUGACUGAAGUGAUGCUGCAAGACGUUGGUGACAUCCCAGACAUGGCCCAGUUGAACAGUGAAGCAGCUCUUAAAACAGAUGGCUACGGACCUGUCAGCACUCAGGAUCAGGGCGUGACAGUGGGUCCUGAAACUGAAGAAAACAACAUCCAUGCUGGAGGGACUGAGAAGGAUCCUGAGCAGAACAAACACACGUCAAGCACAAAAUCGGAGAAGCAGCUCCCUGUCUCAGAGCUGAUCAAGCGCAGAGGAUUUACAUUAUUGAUUUUAGCUCUUAUUUUGGCCAUAGGGGUUGCCGUCCAUAUUGCCGUUCCUGCACCUGAGCCAAGUGUCAGAAGCAAUUUUACCCUAAACUGGGGCAACGGCUCCACUCCUACCCCUCGGACUUCAUUAAACCUAACCUCAUCCCUCUGAGCUAGUGGAGCCACAAUGUUCUCACAAACACUGAAUUCAAGUGUUGAACUCUUCGUAAGCAGCCUCACCGGCGGUUCUGUUGUGGAAAGGAAGAUACCUUGUUGUUGAGCUGCUGAGUGAAUGCAUGAAACACUCUAAGCAAAGUCGUCUGGCACUGACUCUGCCAUAAAGAACAAAGGUCUUACAGAAACUGUGUGGUUCAAUGUGAGAUACAUAUUAGAGCCUACAACUUGCAAAUCCUUCUCCGAGGACAUUAUGGAACCAACCGUUUUUCCAGCUUUUUAUAACCAAUACUGCUCUGGAUUUCAUUUGUGCAUUGGAUUGUGACAUCUUCUGCACCUUCCAGCAUACAGUGAAGAAAGACGUUUCCUGAUGUUUUCAAAAAAACAAAAUACAGAACAGAAUGAGCCUUUUGUGUCCUACCAAAAGCUUUUCUGGAGCAAGAAGCUGUUCAGCACAGCUUGACCUAUUUUUCAAGCUCAACAAUAUCAAUAUAAAAAACAAGAAACUGGACCAAAGCAAAAUGUAUGAAUUGAGUAUCUUGAUCUUUUUAUUACUAUAGUUAAUGAUGCUUAUUUAUACUCAAUAGUGUCUGUAUAAAUUGAAUUUUGAAAUAUGUUUAUAUAUACAAUUGUAUAAAUUCUUUGGGGCAUCAUCUACAGUUUAAAACUGUUGGUAUAAUCUUUUUUUAGACCAAAAUUGAAUUGUUAGAUGUCCUAAUGUAUUUCAGUGGUUUCCAUUUGAAACAGCAUUUUUUAAUGCUUUGCAUUUAAUCUGUUUUAGUGUUUUUUAUAGAUCACGAGUCUAAAAAAUAUAUUUUUUUUAAUUUUUAAAAAGUAACUGAAUUCUUCGGACUAUGUGGAACAUCAAGCAAAACUAAACUUUAUUCAACUAAAAGUCCGACUUAAUUCAACUCAUUUAGCAAACUGUUGCAGCACAGUACAUAUCACUCUCCAAGGUACCUGACUACAGUACCCAUAAUGCUCCAACAAUCCAUGAAGCGGUGCGGCUUGGUAAUUUACCAAAGUGGAACAUUUUAACACAUUUUAAGGGUGCAAUGUACCACCGGAUUAUUAGGUGCACUGUCUAUUAUUGCACAAAAGUCAAGGACUUUAAGUGUGCCUCGUGGUCCUAAAAAUGUGGUAAGGGUCAAUUAAGAAGAUCUGAGUUUAUUAGAGUUUGUUGGAUUUAAAAGUCUCUGGCAGUGAUGCACCAACAAUGAUAAAAUAAGCUGUCGUUUUUUUAUUUUGUAUUUAUCAUCAUUGACAUUACACCACAUGACUAUAUCUGCUGCAUUAUGAUGACUCCAUGUGGUACAGGGUGUCUUUUAUUUUAAAAGGAAGUCCUGUGUCAAAAGUUAUUAUAUUUCACAUUUAGAAAGAAAAUUCUCUUUAUUUUUUAUUUAUGCAAAAAAGAGCAAUUCUUUUAUAAUGAUCAUAAAAGUAACAGUAACAUGCAUGCAAAUCAGUGUCUAAUUUUUCAAAAGGGUGAAGUGAGACUUUGUGGCUUCCAUUGGGUUGUGACGAGAAAUCGACCAGAAUGGCUCUUUAAGUGUUGAAGCUUGCAGACUCCUGGUGUAGAUCUUUAAGCAGCUGUAUUCCAACAUGCAAUUUUCUGAUAAGCAGUAUUUUAACCAAAUGUAACAAUUCACAUGUACACCAGUAUUGAAUCAUCUACCUGGAACAUUGAUUUUUUAUGUAUAAUUAUGCAGUCAAAUGAUGUUUGAGAUGUCUAAAAACAAAAAAAUUAAAAUUAUCUUGAAUGCGAUGUUUAACAAGAAUAAUUGUUGUGAAUUCACAACCACAUGUACUGAAAUACACAGAGAGCAGGAAAACAGACUGCCCAUGAAGAAAUCAAUGGAUUUCAGUCCCACAGCUGUCAGAGAAAGCAGGGAGACAUAGGGGACUUUUAUCAUACUGCAUAGAGACACAAUCAAGGGGUGAACAUGAGCCCCUUUUAGUUACUACAGAACCGCAGAGCUCUUUAUCAUACAAUAUAGAAAGAAAAAUCUUUACAAAGCCACUUGUCACUUGUUAGUGAUGUCACAGCAUGUUACUGAUUGCAGUCCCUGGAAGCAAGGCAGCUGAGAUUGCGGUCUCUGUGAGGAGCCGACGUCUGUUGAUGAGCAAGAUGUUUCCAUGUAUGAGUCAAACCUGAUUUACAUGUUGUGUAAUGUUGAAUUAAAAUGCAAGCCUAUUGAUGCAA